AUGUUUUUCACUGGGUUGGGACCGGGUGCGGUUCCGGCAGCUCGUGGCUUUGGUCGGCGAUGGCGGGGCUGCAAUUGCACCUCUUUGCUCCUCUCCCCCCGUUCUCUGGCUGGGUUCGGAGGGAGUGCCGGUGUUGCCGAUUCUUGUAGUGGUGUUAGCGAGGUUCAGUGCAUCGGAAAUCUCCGCACUCACGGCUGCCGGUUCCUGGUGCUGGACGAGGUGGACGAGCUGCUCGCCUUCAAUUUCAGGGAAGACAUGCACCGCAUAGUGGAGCAUGUUGGCAGGAGGGGAUUGGAUAUUCCGAAAUGCGAUCUUGGACGUGAAGGUUCUGUUGACCUACGGACUGGAUUCAUUACGCGCAUCGGGCGGAACGUGCUGGACGUCUCGGAAGGAAGGAUGCAGAAGCAGCUUCGGGUGGUUACCAAGCCAUGCCAGUUUGUGGAGGGAAAUCUUAUUGUUGAUGAUGAAAUCUUACUCACAACGACAGCCUCUGCUCCCUCUCCUGCUUCUUCUUCCACUUCACCGACUCCUUCCGAGCGCCCGACGGCAGGCUUUACUACGGGCGAGCUGGCCGUGUUCAAGCCGGGCCUUGGCGUGGAGGUGCCUCGGGACGAGAGGUACCGAGCCGGGCUGGGCGACCUUGUCCACGCCCUCAUGUCGGCCCUCGUUUUCCUUGCGAUUGCACUGUCGGACCACCGGGUGACGGGUUGCGUGGUGCCGGGCGGCCACGGGAAGGAGAUGGACGAGGCCAUGCAGAGCUUCCCGCUCAUGGUCGGGAUAGUCUGCAGCGGACUCUUUCUCGUCUUUCCCACCACCCGGUAUGGGAUUGGCUGCGUGUCCCCAUGA